AUGAGCAUAAAUCGCCAGGGAGCGACCCGUCAUGACGGGUCGAAUAGCGACGGCAAACCUGGUUUAUCGGAGAUUUCACAAUUUGAGCCGCCCACCUCAACUAAGGGUACACUUCCGAGCAGCUCCCUUCUCCGUGGAGCUAGGAGUGCAGUCGCCGAGCCCGUUACGGCAGCUUUCUUUGCUGGUGGUGUAGCGGGCGCUGUAUCGAGAACUAUCGUAUCACCGCUUGAACGUCUGAAAAUCCUCCUCCAAAUCCAAACCGUUGGCAGAGAAGAAUACAAGUUAUCCAUUUGGCAGGCGCUCAAAAAGAUUGGAAGAGAGGAAGGCUGGCGCGGUUUUUUACGGGGCAAUGGCACGAACUGCAUACGCAUCAUCCCAUAUUCAGCCGUACAGUUCGGCAGUUAUAACUUUUACAAAAGAUUCGCUGAGCCUACCCCAAAUGCGGAUUUGACGCCAAUACGCCGACUUAUCUGCGGAGGGGCCGCCGGGAUCACCUCAGUCGCCGUCACUUAUCCGCUCGACUUGGUGCGUACGAGGUUGUCCAUUCAGUCCGCCUCUUUCGCGGCUCUCAAGCGGGAGAGUGCGAGCGAAAAGUUGCCGGGUAUGUAUACGACUAUGGUCUUGGUCUAUAAGAACGAGGGCGGCUUUUUGGCGCUUUACCGCGGUAUCAUUCCGACUGUAGCCGGCGUGGCCCCAUAUGUUGGUUUGAACUUCAUGACCUACGAAUCAGUUCGUAGAUACUUGACCCCAGAGGGCGACUCCACGCCUAGUGCUGUUCGCAAACUCAUGGCUGGCGCUAUCUCAGGGGCAGUAGCACAAACUUGCACAUAUCCGUUCGAUGUCCUUCGACGGCGUUUCCAGAUCAAUACGAUGUCUAAUAUGGGUUAUCAGUAUGCCUCAAUUUUCGAUGCCGUAAAAGUCAUCGUGGCCGAAGAAGGCUUGCGCGGUCUCUUCAAGGGAAUUGCGCCAAACCUUCUCAAAGUAGCUCCUAGCAUGGCAAGCAGUUGGCUCAGCUUCGAGCUCACUCGAGAUUUUCUGCUGGGCUUGGACGAAAUGUGA